GUUGAAUGAAUGCACCACACCACACAGCAUGUCGGACUGACCAAGUACACGGCGAGCACGGUAGAGAGACGGGCUCACGCACUCACCGACACACACCAACGAGAGACCUGCUCUACCCAAACAGACAGUGGUGCAACACACUGUCUCGGGGGUAACACAUUUCCGUCGCCGGCAAGUGCCUGGGAGCGGCUGCAGGCGAAGCAAGGACGUCACAGGCACUGGUACGUAUCAACAGUUCAUCGCCAGAGCCCUCCAUCGUACACAAAUCCUCUCAAUCAUCGUACCAAGGGCGCCACUGUUGGUAGACACUCACACACAUCCGUGACCGGGUGCACCACAGACACUGGUGCACCCGGCGCCGGAGGCCAGCGACAUGCUACCAACAGUGGUGCACCGGACCCUCACUCAAAACAAGUAGGCACUUUGAUUCAUUCAUUGAUCCUGAGAGUCCACCACCAUCUCCUCAUUGCCCCCCUGCUGCCCACCGCCCAUCCCAUCACUCACAGGCUCAACAAUCCGCACCCUCUUCACACCCUUACCCCCACCCCCACCUCUGCCCCCAUCAACACCAUUAACCUCGGGCCCGUCAUCCGGCCCGCGCUUCCCACAAGCAGCAGCACCAGCAGCAGCAGCAGCCGAGACGCCAUCUUUGCUCUCACCGUCAGCGGCAGGAGCAGCAGCUGCCGCCGCUGCGGUCUCUUCUGCGGGGGGUGUGGGGGGUUCUGGGGGCGACAUGAGCUUCCGUGAGCCGGGAUGACGGCCAGGUAGGGUGCUCGCGGGACCUCUUUGCAGCCUCAGGAACCCCAUGCGCAGCGCCGGAGCUGUCGCAUCCGCCGAACUCGCUGAGAGAGAGAGAGAAGAGAAACCAAUGACAGAGAGCGAUAGAUGAGUGUUCUUGUGUUAUGGCAUGCAUGUAAUGUACCCUUUUUGGGUGCGGGUGUGGAUGUCCUGCUCGGUGGGACGGUGGGCUGCCUGUUGGGCCUCGCGGCUUUGAGCGGCAGAGUGCGGGUGAAGUUGGCCAUGCGGGGCGGGGCGUACUGAGUGGGCGGCCGGUCACUCUGAGGCACCAGCGCCUCACCCUCAUCGCCAGGCAACGACCGACCCCUAAUCGGUCGAUCACACAGAACAAACACACACUCACGUCGACGGAACGGCCAGGUGUUGUCCUCUUCUUUUCACCCACUCACUCACCAGAACCGUGUGGUGCAGUCCUGCCCGCCCGACGCGACAAUGGGUCCUAGCGGAUGCCACGCGAGGCUCAGCACGCAGUGGUCGUGUGCGUUGGGGACGGUGGCCAUGGGGCUGCCCGACGGAUCGCUGACGUCCCAGUAGGCCAGGUGGCCGCCGUAGUCGCCUGUGGCGACGAUGCUCUGGUGGUAGGGGUGCCAUGCCGCCGCCGUGACGUCGGCCUGAUGGCCCCUGAGGGUGUGCGCCACGCUGAGGGUGCGCAGAUCGACCACCUUGAUGGACUGAUCCUUGCCGCACGUCAACAAAUAGUCACCGGAGGGGCUCCAUCUGAGUGAGACAUACACGUGGGCAGGGAGGAUUGUGUGUUCUGUGCUGUGUGUGCGUAUGUGUGCACUGUCUGACUUGACUUUGGUGAGUGCGUUCUUGUGUAGGUGCAUGCUGUUGAUGGGGUUCUCACUCCGGGGGUCCCACAGCUGGACCUGAGCACUCUUGGAACCUGUGUGCAGGAAACAACACACGACACACACAGACAUCAUACAUGAUGUAUUCCGUUUCCUGUCACAGUGCCGCCCCGCCCCGCCCUGGUUGCUUCUGCGUGCGCCAACCUGAAGCGAUGAGGCCCUUGUGUGGAUGCCACUCGCAGCACACCACAUCAUAGCCGUGACCUGAGCAGACAAGACAAGAAAGUGACAGAAACAUCUGGGCUGUGUUGGCUGUGUUGAUCUAUUUGUCAGUGUACCGGUGAAGCUUCGGUCGGCCGUGCCUCUGUGGAGGUCCCACAGAAUGCUGUGGGAGUCGUCGGCAGCCGUCACAAACUUGAGGUCCGUCGGCGCCAGGCUGAUGUCGCGAAUCAUCGACUUGUGCGCCUGAACAACACCACACAAUGGACAUGAGCGAAUGAAUAACCGACUGCUUCUGGCUGUGGCUGCGUGUGUGUGCGUGCCUGAAUGAUGUUGAUGGACAGCAGCUGUGGCGUGUACAGGUGGACCUCCCCCGUGUAGUUGCCCGAUAUCAGCGUCUUCUCCGAAUGCGUCCACGUCAAGGCACCCACCGCACUGUGGUUCAACUAACACAUCGAACCACACCACACACCACAAAACAUAUGGACACACAUGAAUGAAUGACUGAGUCAGCACGCCCGCCCGCAUGCACUUCCCACCCACUUGUUUGAGGUCGAAGAAGCCAAAGUCGAUUCCGUCCCAGAGGGUGAAGUCGCCAUUGGACGUGCCUGUGAUGAGCCGCCGGCCGUCAGGGAACCACUGCAGGCAGUUGACGGUGCCCCUGGACUUGGACACACAGCACUUGAGAAACCGCGUGCACAGACAGUCAUACGGCGACUCGCGAGUCGCAAAUGGAGGCAGCAGCUGCAUGAGCGCACACGCAACACAACACGCAACACACACAGAGUGACGCCUGUCUGGACCGAUGCGAUGCGGCUUCUCAUUCUCAUCUCCUACUGCGUACGUCGCGUGUCGACGAGGGAUGUGCCAGCAGUGCCGGGCUGUCCGACAGCCGGCGGCAGUGAAUCGUGGAGCCGAAGAACUGCACAACUGCAACACACAUGCGAUCUCUGCAUGCGCUCCUCAAGCGUGUGUGCGUGUGCGUGCGUCCUGACAGACCUGUGGGCGUGAAGUCGAUGGCCUCCCUCACGGCAGGCCGCCGCGGAGGCCGCGGACCCUCAUAGUCCAUCACUCACAAACAACGGAUGCAGCAGACGGCUCUGGUGAUCGGAUCUACUGUGAUUUGUCCAUAGGAGCGUCACACGGACCCAGAUCUGCC